AUGUUCGAGAAUAAUUCAUCGGACGAGGAGACAGACGACGAUGAAGGGCACCUUUUUCAAAGUCAGUUUCCAAUUCACGAUUUGUGCGACGCACGCGUACAUUUUGAAGGUAAUGGUGGUGGUGUCGGUGUUGCUGGAGAGAAUUUGGAACGGUUGAGGAAAGCGUUGACGUUUCCAAAAAAGAAGAAGAAAAAUGAUGGAGAAGAAGGCGGCGGCGGCGGAGGAGAAGAUGAUGGUGAUGAUGAUGAGGAAGAAGGAGAGGAUGGUGAUGAGGAAGAAGACUCGGACGACGAGAAAGAUUUCGAUCCAGAUGCGGAAGAAGAAGAAGAAGAAGAAGAAGGGGAAGAAGAAGAAGAUGGUGAUGAUGAUGACAAAAACGAGAACAACGCUGGGAACGACGAGGGUGAUGACGCUGCCGCGGAGGAGCAAUUCAACACCAACUUGAAGCACGCGCUAAAUCGUCGAGACGAGGACGGGCAAACGGCGUUGCACUGCGCGAUUUUGAGCGGUCAAAAUCUAAUGGUGGAGAUGUUGUUAGAGAAAGGCGCGGAUCCGUUUGCAACUUUGGAAGGGUCUCCGCCCGUGCACAUCGCGUGUACGAUGGCGUCGUUCGCCAAGUUUCGCGAGGCAAGUCUCGAGAUGGUAAAGGUAUUGCUACCGCAUUUGACUCGACACGAUGUGGAGGAUGAUUACCACAGAACGGCGAUGAGUAUUGCCGCGCAACACGGGAGUAAAGAGAUUUGCGCGUAUUUGAUUCAAAACUACGAAGCGCCAAACGAGGAGGACGAUUUGAAGGCGUAUUUGAAUCAGAAAGAUCGAUCGGGGAGGACGGCGUUGAUUUGGGCUGCUAAUUAUAAUCGCGCGGAUGUUGUGGAACUUUUGUUGGAAAACGAUUCCAGCAUGCUCAACGAUACCGAUAACGAUGGGAAUACGGCGUUGAUUCACGCGGUGAGGAAUAAUAGCGCGGAGUGCGUGAAAGUUUUGAUAAAGAGGAACGCGGACGCGGACAUUGUCAAUGCGAAAGAAGAAAGCGCGAAGUGUAUCGCCAAAAGAAGAGGGUACGACGAUUUGGUUUCUUUGUUGAACGGUAAAAAAGGUAAGAAAGAAACGACGCCGCCUGGUGUGAAUGGCUUGAUUAUCGCCCCGGACGCGUGUUUGUUACACCACUCGUGUCCGGCCAUUAAGAGAGGAUGUUCAUUUGAUGUCCCUCCAGAAAACGUUCAAAGAUUGACGUGCAUCAUGAACCCAGUGAAUGGUACUCUGCGCGCGGCAGAUUUCUCCGAGUCUUCAACCCUGAGCAUAGACACGACGGAGUCGCCGGCGCAAAUGGUGGACGUUUUACGAUGCCACGAGUACAAUUACAUCAAAAAGGUGCAAAAAAUUUGUGAAUCUCUCCCAGACGUAACGGUACACUCCAGCGCGAUUGGAACCAUCGAUGGCGAUACCACGGUGUGUUCGCACUCAUUUCACGCGGCGCUCUGUGCCGCUGGAGCGGCAAUCAAGGCUGUCGAUGCGGUUGUCAUCGGUGAAGAGCAUGAAAAGUGUCAACGCGUCUUCUGCGCGGUGAGACCGCCGGGACACCACGCGGGACCAUUAGGACCAGUUGGCCUUCCUGGCGAUCCAAUUGGACAAGGGUCGCACGGUUUCUGUUUGAUUAAUAACGUUGCCGUUGCGGCAGCAUACGCGAGGUGCGUGCACAGACACAAAGGCAUCAAGAAAGUUGCGAUCAUUGAUUUCGACGUCCAUCACGGCAACGGUACCGAAGCGCUCGUCGCGAAUACGGCACCGAGCGCGCCAAAAGUUAAAAUCUCAACGCCUUGGAGCAGCGGAGAGAUAACGACGAACACGUGUAAACCGUGGAUGGAUCCGGACACCGAUAAGGAUGAGAUUUUCUUCGCGUCCGUGCACGGCUACGGAAGAAUGUCAAAUUUUUACCCCGGAACGGGACCGACGAAAGAUACGAAACAAAGACAAGAACAAAAUGAUAUCAAUUUUGAAAACGAAGACAAUAAUAAUAACACUAGCACGGAAAACGACAACACAGAUACUGGAUACGUUUCCGGGUACUCCUCCGCGGAAGACGAAGCCGCUGAUGGCGUCGUCAAGGACGAUCAAAAAGUGUUGGCGGAAAUGGAAACGGCGACGUUUGAAAAGCCGCCACCGAGAAUCGUUGACGUUGGUAUGAUUGGCGAAGGUAAACGCGCCGAACGAGGGAGUUCGUGGAGACGCGUUUGGCGAGCGAAAGUUUUACCCGCUCUGGAUGAAUUCAAACCAGACUUAGUGUUCAUCUCCGCUGGUUUCGACGCGCACUCGAAAGAUGCCAUUCAAGGACCAGUCAAUUUAGGCGUCAAAGAGUUAGAUUACGAGUGGCUGACGAACGAAUUGUGCGAAAUUGCGAACAAACACGCCGGAGGAAGAGUUAUAUCAGUCUUAGAAGGCGGUUAUCGGAUUCAAGGCAAAGCUGUCUCUGCGUUUGGUCGCUCGGUUGCAUCACAUUGCAAAGCGUUGUUCGCCACGCACAACACCGAUUGUUUCGACGAAAAGUUAAACGCGCGUAUUUUGGAGAAAGAAGUCGCGAAAAAGCGAGAGCAAAGAGAGUUGGUGCGUUUAGAACGUUUAGAACGAGAGACCGAACAGUUGCGCAGAAGACAAGAGGAGAGAGAACGAGAACUUUUGCGAUUGCAAGAGCUCGAAGAAAACGGCGGCGUCGAAACUGAAGAAGGAGGCGCGCCUACUGAAGCGGCUGAAGCGGCAGCACCACCGCCGGCGGAGGUGCAGGAAGUGGGAGGUAAACGUCGUCGUCGCGGUGGUGCGGUCGAUUACGCCGCCCUCAACGCGAAAAUGCUCGAAGAGCAACAGCAAGAACAGAAACAAAAAGAAGAAAAAGUAGAAGAACAAGAUCCGCCGGCGGUUCCCAUCGUUAUUGACGGCGACGACGAGGAGAACGAGAAUGUUGACGAAGAAAACAUGGAGGAAGACGAUGAGGAGGACGACAUGGACGCCGAAGAAGAAGACGAGGAGGAAUUAGCAGACGCUUGA